AUGGCGGAUCUACCUCCCCCCGUCCAGGGCCCGACUGCCAAGGAGAAGAAGUACGAUCGCCAAUUGCGACUUUGGGGAGCUACCGGCCAGAUCGCGCUUGAAAACUCCCACAUCCUCCUCAUAAACUCCGGGCCUGGUGUUGUCGGCGUUGAGACGCUGAAGAACCUCGUCCUCCCCGGCAUUGGCAACUUUACGAUUCAAGAUUCGGCCAUUGUGAGCGAAGCAGACCUCGGAGUGAACUUCUUUUUGGAAGAGGAACAUCUGGGAAGCUACCGGGCCCAAGUCACGCGCAAUCUGCUUAAGGAGUUGAACCCAGAUGUAGACGGGCAUUUCAUCACAGAGCCUGCCGAAUCAUGGCUGCUUCAACCCGAUGCCUUGCGCCCAUACACGCUGAUAAUCGCGACUGCGCCUAUCCGACCCGAGCUCCUUGCCAAACUCUCCGACCACGCGAGCGUCGCAUCUAUACCCCUCUUCUACGUCCACUCGAUCGGCUUCUAUUCCCACUUCUCCUUCGCCCAAGAAAAGACGGCCAACAUGGACGACAUGGCGCCAGAGGACCACGGCCACAUCCCAUACCUUGCGCUGUUACUGCACUAUCUUGAGGAGUGGAGGAAGAACCAUGAUGGGAAAGUACCAGACAACUACAAGGACAAGACUGAACUCAGGAGCAUCGUCUCGAAAGCUGCGCGGACAAACAAUCCUGAGGGUGGCGAGGAGAACUUUGACGAAGCUGUUGCUGCGGUAUUGAAGUCGCUCAACCCGCCACAACCGAGCAGUGCUGUUAAGGAGAUAUUUACAGCCCCAGAGUGCCUCCUAGUGCGCGAAGAUUCGCCCACCUUUUGGGUCAUCGCUAAUGCGAUUGGCUUAUUUUACACGAAGUACAAUGUCCUCCCCGUGCCAGGUUCAGUACCGGACAUGAAGGCGCGUUCAGCCGACUACAUCCAGCUGCAGAAUGUGUACAAGUCAAAAGCGCGGAAAGAUCUGGCAGAGGUGGUUGAGAGUGUGCGAUUCUUGGAGCGAAACACAAAUCGGAGCAACCCCAUCGACGAGAAGGACAUUGAAGCGUUCUGUAAGAACGCAGCUCACAUCAAGCUGGUGCGGGGCCGACCAUUCCAAGUCGUCCAAGCUGGCGAACCGGUCAAGUGGGGAGAUCGCGCAAAGUCUAUUGCAUGGGACGAGUUCACUGCAACGCACUUGAAAGAUGGCCUGGGCGGUGCUCCUCAAGUACCUGGCGAGACAGAUCCCGACACCGAUACGGAGAAGCUUACAGGUAUUGCCUUCAAGAUUGCAAACGAUCUUGUCAAGGAAGCUAGUGCCACAAUCGAUGAGGAUGAGUAUGCAGCGGUCAAGACGCAGAUAGGAGAAUUUGCCAGUGAGCUUGUGCGAGCUGGCGGCGCCGAACUGCAUAACAUCGGGGCAUUGACUGGCGGAAUGGUGUCACAAGAGGUGAUCAAGGUCAUCACUGAGCAGUAUGUACCUGUCGACAAUACGUGCGUCUUCGACGGGAUCAAGAGCAAGAGCAUGGUCAUCAAGCUCAAGGAGACCGAAUAUGGUCGCAAAGACCAUCUCAUGCGACGCGAGAUUGAGCAAGAUUUUGCCAGAUGCCGCAACAAUCCAUGCCCGCUCUGCUCAAACUUCGGCCCUUCACUCAUCCGUGACCAAACCAAAAGCUCCCUCAUGUUUCUCACAAUGCCCAAGCAGACUAAGAUAAUUUUUUCGUUGAAAAUUCAGGAGCGGCAGCCCUAUGUUGCUGACAAAGCAAAUAAUGCACCAAAGACUGCACGUGAUCGCGAAACAACGAUCAACGCGUCCGACGCGACUUGGUCACCGCAACGAGCCAGCACGCCGGAUCCGCCCACCACACCUUCGCAAAGCCACAUGGACUCUACGUUUGACUUACCAGACUCCACGGACUGGAUAGCGACGUCUCUGCCCCAAUUCGAAUCGCUCGAGGCCGCACUGCGCUGCGAAGUCUGCAAGGAAUUUCUGUCGAACCCCGUCAUCACCUCCUGCUCGCAUACAUUUUGCUCGAUAUGCAUACGAAGAUGCAUAGCCACGGACGGAAAAUGCCCGAGCUGCAAGACUGCGUGCUCGAGCGACAAAUUGGCCCCAAACAUUGCGGUGCGCGAGGUCGUCAUGAGGUUUCAAGAGGCGAGACCAAAGGCAUUGGAAAUGGCGCGUGUGGACAAAGAAGAGCAGGCGCACUCUGCCAGCAAUAAGAAGAGAAAACUGGACGAGACAGACAUCGAAGACGGCGAACCUACGAGACAGACGAGAUCAAGACAGACGCGGAGUAGAGGCCGUCGCAUCGAGAGUUCAGACGAUGUGCCCAUUGAAGUUGCAGACAGUGAAGGGGACGGUGACGAUGACUUCCUACCCGAGGGUAUGGCCAAAUGCCCGAUCUGCAACACAUCUAUGAAGGCAGAGCUGGUAUACAACCACUUGGACGUUUGCGAUGGGCCAAGCGCGUCAGAGUUGGAAGAGUGGGAAAAUACCCAAGGCGGGAGAGCAGAUACCAAAGAGAGCAAGAUCAUGAAAAAGGACUUUGACGGUAGCGGGUACGCUAAGUCGCACAAAACCGACUUCGACGACUUGAUUGCCAAAGCCCGGGCUAAACGGACCGUCCCGAAACCAGAAGCAGGGGAAGAGUCGCGAGAGAAUGCCGAGGCCAACCAGCCAACCGCGAAUCCCGAAGGGUCGCGGGAUAUCGAAUCGACCACGCAAAACGGAACAGCCUUGUUUCCACAGGACAGCCAUGGGGAGUCACCCAGUGCUCAAUGCCCAUAUGAAAACAAUGAAUCCGCACUUUCUACCAUCCGCGCCAAAGUCGCCGCGGCGAAUGAGACGGGCUCCACGCUAGCGACUCUGCCUUCUGAGCCAUCACAGCCGGAAGGCACACCUCCAAGUGCAGAACUCGGGAUGCGCAACCCGCUGGGCAGUCCAGCACGCAAGGUCCCUAUGUUUGCGCUGCCGGAGCAGCCUGUGCGGGAUAUUGAUAGUUCCGGCGCGGUUCACACAUCUCGCAUCUCCCUCCCGCCCACCCCAACAUCCCACACGCACCCCUCCCUCCGCCACGGCUCCCUGCGCCACACCGCCAUCAGCAACGAGUCCCUGCGCCCUCCUCCCGUGCACAUCGCGCGCAAGCCGCUCAGCACGGUACCCGCAUAUCGUUCCUAUACCUCCGCGCCGCAGCUGCAGGACCUAGAGCGGGCGCGGAAGACGCCCGACCGGACGUUUCUAGCGCCGCGGGUGUGGAACCGAUGGGGGAGAGAGAAUGAGAAUGCCUUUGAAGAAGAAGAUGAUCUUGAGGAAAGACGCAGAUGUCGUGCAUAUACCUCUUCGACGUGGUCGCCGUCGCUGCCGCCGUUUGCUUUUGAAUCCCACGACUCUUGCACUACAACGCCUUCUUCGCUGCCGUGCAUCGCGCCCUCCCCGCUCUCCCUCGUCCUCGCUGCUGAUGAAAGCCCCGCGCUGCUCACCGCGCAGCCCGUGUCUAUGCGCACCGUGUCUGUGUCGUCGUCGCAGCUCACGUUCCCUGUGCUCAGGCGCACGUCGCACUUCACGGAGCACUUUGAUGUCAGCGGCGAGGCGAUGUGGGCUAGUGGCGCCAACUUGGAAGGGGCGAGGGUGCGGGAUUUGCGGGGGUAUCGAGAGGGUGGUGGUAGAGAUGGAGAAGGGGAGAAGGAGGAUGAGGAGGAACAGCAGGAGGGGGGAAGGGAGACGGAGAAGAAGAGGAAGUGGUGGAGGUGGAAGGGUGUUAGAAACAGGUGGAUCAAGAUGGCGUGUUUUCUGAGGAGCAAGGUGGAGGAGAGUGGGACGUGUGAGGUGGCUAGUCCACGGGCGUUGUGA